UUUCAUAUUUAUUUCAUGUUUUGAUUUAUUUUAUUCAUUUUAUUCAUAAAAUUCUUUCUAACUGUACAAUUAUUCUCUUAUUUAUUUAGAAAAAUUGUGUUGUAGGACAGUUUCCAAUUAUACUAAAGAUAUGUCAUCUGCAUCAUGUCCUUCGUCUGGUUCAAAAAAUAUACUUUUCCUCAGGCCUCUCUCCAAAUCGUUAUUGACAAAGCGUCCACGACUAUCUAUUUCAGAUUCAGACGAAUCGACAAGAUCAUUAAAGGAUUCGCCGGUAGACUCCCCUAUUUGCAAAAAAAACUUGGUUGACAUUUCUAAAAAUAAUGAGAGUAUUGAUAGUCCAGCAAGUGACAAUUACUCAUUCAGAGUACCUGCUUCAGAUAUUAAAAAAAAACAGAUGUUGGAAUAGAAUCUGUAAUUAAAGAAACGUCACAAUUAAUAUCGGCAGCUUGCUCAUCUUUGCCAACAUUUCUAAAUGCAUCUUCCAAGGCAGACACAAAAGAAGAUGAAAGUUUAAUGUCAUUUUUGUUACUUGGGUUUAAACAUGUGCCUGCACAACAGAAAAUAAGAUGCGUGGUCCAAAUAUUAGAGAUGCUCCAGCUAGACAAUUUGUCAAAGGCAUUCACAGUCAUAACAGUGUAUUUGGUUGUGAAAAGUGUACAAUUAAAAGUGAUAGACAUAGAAAUCGUCAGGUGUUUUUAUAUGAUAAUGCACCUCUACGUACUGAUGAAUCUUUUCAAAAUAGAGAUCAACCAGAACAUCACAAGUAUAAUUCACCAUUAGAACGUGAUUUGCAACAUGGAAUGGUGUCUAUGUUUAGACUUGAUGCAUCUCGUAUAUUUAGGAGUUUUUAAACGAUGGCUACAGUUUCUCUUUGGAGUACAUGUAACAACAAUAGGCAAAAUUAAUAACGCAGCUAAAUCUCAAUUGUCUCUGGAAAUGUUACGAUAUAGUUCUUGGGUGCCUAUGGAAUUUAAUCGUCGACCUCGAUCUUUCUGUGAAUUAUCUAAAUAUAAAGCAACAGAACUGCGACGUAUCUUAUUAUACGAUGGUGUACGAAUCUCUAAGAACAUUCUGCCUUCAAAUCUGUAUAACAAUUACUUACUUCUACAUAGUGGAAUAUAUAUACUAUCCAGUCCAAGUACAGUACAGAAUCCUGUUAUGCUUGAUGCUGCGCAUGAAAUUUUAAAAGAAUUUAUAAAUCACUCUUCUCAGAUUUUUGGUAAAUAUUUUGUUGUUUAUAAUAUCCAUUGUCUGAUUCAUUUAGUUGACGAAUGUCGAAACCAUGGAAUUUUAGAAUCAUUCAGUGCUUUUAAAUAUGAAAAUUUCAUGAGCGUUAUGAAACGAUAUUUGAGAUCUACUUACAAGCCUUUACACCAAUUAAUUAGACGUGAUGCAGAAACUAAAGGGCAACUUGUUCCAAGGAAAAAUAUAGAUGAGCCAAAUAAAAUUUUGUUGAAAAAUCAGUAUGAUGGAGAUGACAGUAUUCAGGGAGAACAGUUUCAGACUGUCAUUUUAUGUAGUAUUACUCUUACAAAAAACAAGGCAAACAGUUGUUUUAAAACUAAAAAUGGAGAUGUUAUAAUCUUACCCCUAUAACCAUUUCUGCUGUGACAAAUGUUGGCAAUAGAUUCUGUUGCCAAAAAGGCGACAAAUGAGAAACAUAUUUUGUCAUUGCAAACACUAUUAGCAGAUAUUCAGCAAAUAUU